AUGAUACUCGAUCGUUCGCAUGUUGUCUUACACCACACUGUGCUAGGAACCACUUUCAGAGGCAUCGAUCAUCCAAUAUCCACCGUGGAUGUACCCAUACACCAAUUCCGCGGAAUCAAAUACGCCAGCGUACCAGCUCGCUUUCGUCAAUCAAAACUCGUCACUUCGUACCCCUCCUCAGUCGAUGCAACCCGCCAUGGCCCAAUAUGCCCACAGCCUGACCGACAGAGUCUUGAAGAGGAACUUAUUGGUCUUGCCGACAGCGAUAUCCCAAGACAAGUCUUUAAACGGGAUGAGUUUGAGUGUCUCAACUUGAACAUCACCUGUCCUGCUGGUCAUCACCGUCAAUCGCAACUUCCAGUUAUGGUUUGGAUCCAUGGCGGAGGCAACCGUGGUUGUGGCUCAAGUUGGAUCUAUGAUGGCGGUGCGCUUGUUAGGAAGAGUGUACGUAUUGAUUCACCAAUCAUAAUGGUCACAAUCAACUUUCGCAUAGGAGUGUUUGGUGUUGCCGCAAACAUGCAGUUGGCAGAUGAUAACCGAGCAGCAGGCGAUGAAGGCGUGGGCAAUUAUGGCCUGCGCGACCAACGCCAGGCUCUAGAAUGGGUGAACCGUUACAUUACAGAUUUCGGAGGAGACCCAUCCAACGUCACCCUAUUCGGCCAUUCUUCGGGAGCAGCAGACAUCGUUGCUCACCUGUACUCCAGCGCCAACUUGACUCGCCCCCUAUUUACUCGGGCAAUUGUUCAAAGCGCAAUCAUUGAGCACAAUCCUCCAGAACCACCUUCAGCUGGGUGGCAACUGUCUAGAGCGUUGGCUCCACUGUACGCCUCCUCCGUCGCACAACUUCGUGCUAUAGAUCCCGAAUCACUUGCCAACGUCAAUGUCCCCUUCCGGGCUGUUGAUGAUGGUGUCUUCUUCAGGAAGGGAUUCAAAGAUCUCCUCUUUCCACUCUCGGAGUCGGAUGAACCCGUCAGGGCUCCCCUUGACAGAGGUUUGAACUCGCUGCGAUUUGCUAUUCGCAAGGCAAAAAGCAAGAGUCGAAGCCCACACCCAGUGGGCAGCUGCGUGCCUACCGUCACCCCUACACCCACUCCUGGCCUCCAGCCCCUCCUCAUUGGCGAUUGUGCAUGCGACAGUUCUCUUUGGUCUCAGCCUGCACGUCAAUGGGUAGCUCCCGCUGUUGUGCGACGAAUUCGUGCGAUCUGCCAGUCAAUCACAAAGGCCUCUGCUCUUCUUAAUGCAUAUGAGAUAGGCCCGCACAUGUUCUCGGAAGAUCUUACGGACCGUUUACUUGAGUUCGUGGAGGACGCACGCAUAGCAUGGCCCACGGAGUGUGUUGUUCAAGCCGCGCAGAGGACUGGUCGACAGGUCUGGCGGUAUGUGUUUGAUCAGGAGGGUCCUGCACAGGGGAUGCCCCACCAUGCAGCAGACCUGGUAUACUUGUUCGACAACGUUUCACUCCCAUUAUCACCUUCGUCCUCACCUACUGCUUUUGAUGAUGACGAGUCGCUUCCAUCACUCCCAUCAUCAAGAUCGACCUCUGCUGAUGUGGACGAGAUCCUCGGCAAGAUGCACACCGUCGACGAACUUGACCUCAUGGAUAUCGACAAGUUCUCCUACGGCUCAGAGUCGAGUUUUGGCGGGUGGGCCCAACCCGUUGUUGAUGAGUUGAUGUAUGCCCGUGUGCGAGACGCGAUACAGGAACGGUGGAUCGCGUUCGCGCAGGGAGAGCGGCCAUGGGAUAAUUCUCGUGGCAAGGUGUAUGUUUUUGGCCCUGAAGGCGAAACGGGGGAGCGAAGUGCAGGUAUCUUCUCGGGUAGACGACGUCAAAAGAUAUGGGAGGACGUGCUGAAGCCUCUGGGCAUGACGCUUGUGCAGAAGGUCGCACAAGAGCUCAGCAAUGGUCCUGGGCUGCCACGGUAA